GCACCAAGGAAUUUAGUAAUGGGCUAUGCAUGCGGACCAAUUAAAUACCCGUCUAACAUAUGAAAAUCAAAGAACGAAGAUCAGAACCAAUCUGCAACCGGUUAACGGUAAGCAUAAUAAAGAAUGAUUAAUUGGAACAAUUAAUAAUAAUUAACGAAAGCCUUUGAGCAUGCUGUUUAUAAAUGCGGAAAAUCAAGGGCGAGUUUACAUCAUCAUGAAAUCUAUCAUGGUAAUAGGGUACACCAAGAACGUCAAAACAUAAAUUCUUGUGAUAGUUAUGAGGCUACAAUUUCCAAAUCCAUUUGGGUAAACAACUCGGAAUCAGUAUAAUAUAAAAAGUUUGGCCGAACAUGACCUUGUUCUUAGUUCUCCGCUCUCCUAUUCUAAGGUCCUGCAUUUUAGGGCGCACAUACGGGACUCUUUUUUCCUCACUCUUGACACUCCGCCUUUGAGCGCAUCUUGCAUUGCAGCGUUUCACACUCGGGGAUCCUCGCAGGCGCCGCCAUGCAUUUCAGACGAGUGUGCGUUUUGCUCUGUCUUCUGUUUCUUGCCCAUCACUCUUUCCAGGAGACCCCUUCCAAGAAAAAGAGCGGAAAGAAAGGUGGGAACACGGCUGCUAUUGAGGAGCUGAAGAAGCAGGUGGAGGACAUCAUGCAGGACGUGCGGCUGCUGAAGGAACAACAGGCCCUGCAGAGGGACGGAUCAGCUCUGAAGUACGGGGAAUGUUUCCCAUCAGACGUUUGCCUGAAGGGAACCAAGAUUGAUGGCAAGUGUUUCCUAGCAGUGAGCGUGAAGAAGAGCUACCAUGUGGCCAACGAGGACUGCAUGGCCAUGGGGGGCACCCUCAGCACCCCCGUGACGGGCGAUGAGAAUGACCAGCUGUAUGAGUAUGUGCGGCGCCGCAUGGGACCUGAGGUGCAGGUGUGGCUGGGCAUCAAUGACAUGGUCUCUGAGGGCCACUGGGUGGAUAUGUCGGGCUCCAGCGUGCGCUACAAGAACUGGGAGACGGAGAUCACCCGGCAGCCGGAUGGCGGCCACACGCACAACUGCGCCGUGCUCUCCACCACGGCCAACGGCAAGUGGUUCGACGAGAGCUGCAAGGUGGAGAAGGCCUUCGUCUGCGAGUUCAACAUCGUUUGAGCCGCCGGCGUGCUCCUCUCACCCUAUUGGUGCAUGUGACCUGAAUAUCUUGUUUGAUUGGAGGAUUGAGAUCGCGUAAAAACAUACAUUUCAUCACUCUAGUUUUUACUAUUCACUUAAUCAUAUGAGGAUGUAAAAUAAGAUUCUCUUCUAGAAAUCAGGCAGAUCUCUUGCUCAACCAGAUAGCAAGCAUGUUACGAUUCUUUGGCAAUACCAGACUUCAGCGUCAUGGCGCUCCAUGAAAACAGCCCGGGAUCAAGGCCCCUCAAGGUUUGCUGCUUGCUGUCUCCAAGCCGGGAGCAUAACCAGCCAGAACACCAUAAAGCUUUUAGCAUCACUGAAUGGUUUUAUAGAAAGUAGGAAAGGCUGAGAGAUUAGGGAACAUAAGUGCCGACCAUGCAUCUGAAUCACUGGUGCUCAAUCCACCCCCAAGCCAUCAUGUGUACUGAUUCACAUUCCUGCAAACUCUUAAUUAGCCUUGACUGCUGCUGAUUAAAUCUUGACUAUGAUUGAUCUGGUUAUUAAAUAAUUUUUUUCUUGGAUUGUUA